CAUCAAAUUUGCAAAAGGUACAGGAGGAAGUAGAGUCCAUGAAAAUUGCCAGAAUGAUUUCUCUGCAUUCGUCAGUCAUCAAAACCACUCUUCAUCAAUCUUCAACCUUCCGAUCCUUGCACUCUCUUCAACCAAAAUCCCCACAUUUCAUCUCCUUCAACUGUGAUUCUUCACUUCCCUUUCCCGCUGGAAACCCGAUUGUCACUUGCAAGCGUCGUCUCUCUGUCGUUUCUGCAUCCAAAAUGGACCGACCCGAUUUUCAGGGAAGCGAAUCGUUCUUCAGGAGUGUGUUAGGAAGUAUGGAAACGGUGUAUCUUGAUAGGAAUCCUACAGCGAAAGCGAUCCUUGAGCUUGUCUCGUCUUUCGGCAAUGAUCAAAUUUGUUAUGAUCAUCUCGCGUUUAGGACAUUUGGAGUGAAUGGUUACGGGAUUGAUUCUGUGGCAAGUUUUUUCACGGAUUAUGGGUAUACACCAAAGGAGGAGCUGAGAUUUCCGGCAAAGAAACUGAAAGCAUUAUGGUUUUCUCCUCCCAGCAUCCCUGUUCCUGAUGGUGGCAGCGGUAUUAGUGGGCCUCCUUUGCCUAGAGUAUUCAUAUCAGAGCUUCUUGUGGAUCAAAUGAGUCCACAAACCCAGGAAAUAAUCAGGAAAUGUACCUCAGCUUCUGGCAGAGGAAAUAAGCACGCUGCUCUUUCAAGUGCUCUGGGAUAUUUAACUUGGGAGAAGCCCUUAUAUACUGAGUUCAAACAAUUGGCUAGGGAAAGUGAAUAUGCUGCCUGGACGCUUGUGAAUGGAUAUGCACUUAACCAUGUGACUAUUUCAGUUCAUCGUCUAAAAUCUCACUUGAAUAACAUCAAAAGCCUCAACCAAUUUAUUGAAGAGAAGGGAUUCAAGCUGAAUUCUGAAGGAGGGGUUCUAAAAGUGAGCCCUGACGGUCUGUUGCAGCAAAGCUCAACUGUAGCAGAUUCAAUUCAGUUCUAUUUUUCUGAUGGUGUCACUGAGUCAGUCCCCUGUUCGUACAUUGAGUUUGCGGAACGACUUGUGCUGCCUCAAUAUAAAGAUCUACCGGACAGAGAGGUUGAAGAGUUCCACAGGCGAGAUGGAUUCGAAGUUGGAAAUGCUGACAAAAUAUUUGAGAGCACAUCCAAGGAGCAGCUCACCAGGAGAGCUGCCUGAGAUACAAAUUACUUGACAUUAUAUUAUGAUGAGUUCACACAUGUAGGAAUGGGAUACAUCUAGCUGGAUGUAGAGUCUGAGUUGCUGCUGUAAACAUACAGCAUUUGGAAAAAAAAAAUGAAAGAGGGGUUAAAUCGUGUAAGUAAAAUAUGAAUCAACAAUCAACAUAUGAUUAAUGUAUGUACAUUAUGACAAGCCAAAAGUAACAACUUUUAGCUUUUAUGCUCUUAUUACUCA